AUGAAAGAAGUUGGUGAAGCCAUCAAGACUACAGAAGAAAGAGUGAAUGGUUUUCGAAGCGACGAGGAUUCUUCUUUGGUUGAACUUCUCUUCCAAUAUGGUCGAUAUCUGCUCAUUUCAUGCUCUCGACCUGGAACACAGAUAUCUAAUCUGCAAGGAAUUUGGAAUCAAGAUCUCGUGCCUGGAUGGGACUGUGCUCCGCACCUCAACAUAAAUCUUCAGAUGAAUUAUUGGCCAACACUUCCUUGCAACCUUACUGAAUGCGAAGAACCACUGCUUGAUUUCAUAGCAGCUCUUGCAGUUAACGGAACUAAGACUGCAAAAAUCAAUUACCAAGCAAGUGGCUGGGUAACUCACCACGUCUCAGACAUAUGGGCAAAAUCAUCAGCUUACAAUGAAGAUGCCAAGUUCUCAGUGUGGCCAAUGGGGGGUGCCUGGCUUUGUACGCAUCUUUGGGAGCACUACCAGUAUUUAUUGGACAAAGACUUUUUGAAGAACACUGCAUAUCCAUUGUUGGAAGGAUGUGCGCAGUUUCUGACUGAUUGGUUGAUUGAGGGACCUCGAGGUCUUUUGGAAACAAACCCCUCUACUUCUCCCGAGCAUGUUUUCAUUGCUCCAGGCACUGGUGGUCAGCAAGCUAGUGUAAGCUAUUCAACUACAAUGGAUAUUGCAAUCAUCCGAGAGAUAUUUUCGGCAGUCAUUUCUUCUGCAGAGAUUUUAGGAAAAUCUGAUACUCCUCUGGUCCAGAAGAUCAAGGAAGCGCUUCCAAGGCUCCCUCAGAAUACGAUUGCUGAAGAUCAAACACUCAUGGAAUGGAUUUUAAGGACGCUGAAGUUACCCAUCGGCACCUGUCACAUCUCUUCGGUCUUUAUCCUGGUCAUACUAUAA